UUCUUUUAUUCUUUCAAUACAUAAAUUGAAUAUUUUUAAUAAAAUAUACAUAUUCUUCCUGAACUACAGAUUUCGCUCAAGUGGUACCGUGUAGUAACAAUUCAAUAGAAGCAAAAUGGUGAACAAAAGUUGCAUCGUAGGAUGUCCAUUGGGAUGUCCUUUAUAUGUAUUCCCUCCGUUGGGAGAAAUGACCAGAAACCAAUUUUCCAAUUAACGGACCAGAACGGGCGGCGUAAAUGGCUCCAGUUGUUGGGUGUGGUGGGCCCAACAGCGAAACAUAUUUUCGCCUGCCAGAGGCAUUUUUCCCAUCAGAUGAGAAGUAGCCGAGGCCUUCACAAAUGGGCAGUUCCCGAUAUUAAUUUAAGAUUAUAUUCGCCCGCAGUGACAGCUAGUAGGGAAAAUGAGAUUACUGAUAGGCAUGUAUCAGGCAGUUUAGUUGAAGACGUACAAGGAGUCAUAGAAGUAGGAGUUGAAGAUUUUCAGCCAAGUUUCGAUUCUAUUAUAGAGAUUGAUAGCGAAAUUUUGGAUUCGAGCGCUGACCCUGUAAUAGAACUUGGCGUUGAGGAUUUUCUGCCGAUACCUUUUUCGCCCGAAGCAGCAGAUAGCGCCUCGACUUCAAAUUGCGAAUUAUUUGAGGUAGAGGCAUCCUUUGAAAAAUCCCUUCAAUCCCACCAAGAUGAAGAAGACACACCUUCUUCCUCUUUAGGUAGUUCCAAUUUAGUUCAAACCUGGGCAAACAGUCGGCAAUCUCAAACAGAUUUUUAUUUAAGUGAUGGGACUCCUAGAAAGAGAAAGUAUCGGGAGGAACUAGAUAGUGCAAAAGAUGAGAUAAAAUAUUUACGCAAUAAGGUGAGAGUUUUAGAAAAUAGAGUAGAAUAUUUGUUAAAGGAGCCAAGUUUGCCUGUCAAUUCACAGUAUAGACUAAUUUCAGAGCUAAUUUGCAACUUGCCUGCACAUUUAGCGAUAUGUGUGAAGAAUUGCCUUAAAAAUGCCCCCCGAACUCCACACGGGUAUAGAUUUGACAGAGAACUGAAAACAUUGGCUCUAGCAGUUAAAUUUUUAUCACCUAUUGCAUUUAGAUAUUUAAAGCCCCUUUUUAAAUGGCCCUCCAAAAAGACCCUAGAGUUGUUUGUUCAAGGCUGGCCACGUAACCCUGGCUGCAACUAUAGCAGCUUAAAAGCCCUGGAGUUAAGAAGCCGAGGUUUCACGGACGCACAGAGAUAUGUUUCGAUCUGCUGUGACGAAAUGUCUCUGAAAACUAACGUUCAAUACGAAAGAAGUAGAGACAUGAUUAUAGGAUUGGAGGAUUAUGGCGAUGAAAAUCGCACACCAAGUGUAGCUUCUAGUGUUUUAACAAUUUUGGUCCAAGGCAUUGGUGGAAACUCUUGGACUCAUCCCUUAGCAUAUUUUUUUGUUCACAAAUCGUGCAAAGGUCAUAUAAUGGAAAAAUAUAUUUUCCAAGCCAUAGGUCAGCUCCAGAGUAUUGGUCUGCGUCCGUGUCAACUUGUAACUGACCAAGGCUCCAACUUCAUGAGUUUUUCUAGGAUAGUAGGAGUUACGAAAGACAGACCAUUUUUUGAAGUUAAUAGCGAGAAAAUCUUUUAUUUCUUCGAUUCUCCCCAUCUCCUGAAGAGUACGCGGAAUUGCUUAGAAAACCAGAAAAAUAGAGUUAGUUUUCAUGGCAGACCUGUAGACUGGAUGCACAUCAUCCAUGUAUAUGAAAAAGGCGCCAAUUAUGACAUUUCUUGCACUCAUAAAUUGACCCCGGCACAUGUAAGACCUAAGCCUUUUAAUAAAAUGAGCGUGCAGUUAGCUUCUCAGGUUUUCAGUAAUUCUGUGGCAAGUGCAAUGUUUGCUAUCUACAGCUCCGGGUUUUUAGAUAAUUCUGAGUCUCCAUCUUUUUUCAAUACAGCCGAGUUUGUUCUUUUUUUGAUAAGUUGUUCAAUAUUUUCAAUAGUCUCGUGUUUGGAGCAACCGGUAAUUUCAAACAACCAUUUUCAGCAAGUGCGGACCAAUUAA